AUGCUGCUCCUGGGAAUUGUGACUCUGCUCCUCAACAUGUCGGGUGAGAGAACAUUCAAAACAACCUUUCAAAUUUAGCAAAUUAACUAUCAGUUGCAAAUUAUGUACUGAGUGUGGCCUUUCCAUAUUCUCAAUGUUGCAAAAUAUGUCGAUAAACUGAAUAAUUAUAUACUAAAGUGGUUACUAGUUUUUAGUUUGAUAUAUUUGCUAAAAAAGUGAGAAAUGAUUGACAUUAUUUCAUGUAAUCUGUAACAGCAUUCUGCAUAUUCUUGAUCCACUGCAAUUGGAAAUAGUUUACAAAUGGGUUAGCCAGCAGAACCGACCUGCUUGCUUACAGCUGCACUAUGGUCAGACAGGCUUGUAUGACAUUUUGCCCACAUUACAUUUAGACAGGUAGGACAGAUGGAAAACUGAGAAGUGAAAAGCUGAAAACAGCCUGCUUAUACUGAAGUUAAUUUCAAUAGAACACAAAGAAGGCUCAAUUUGUACUGAAAUAGUCAGACAUCUUUCUCCAACUUGUGUCAGAUCUCAUGUUGAUUGAGUUGACACUGUGAAAUGAGGCCUAAAAUAACCAACAUGCUCAGCAACAAACCUUGCUACAGUUUGUAUGCCAGAUAAUGUGAUAUAACCAAAGAUUUUUGGUGUCGAUUACUGGACAUUACAGGUUUGCCUAUACAAAAUGUCGGCAUAGAUUUUUCAACUAACCUGGUAUUGGCGAUACUCUCUUCAUUCUCGAUCCUUGAAAACUGUUGUCUUAUAGAUGUCUGUGUCCAGUUGCAGGUGGUUCUACAAACACCAGAGAAAAUUCAGAAAGAUAGUAAAUCCAUGUUUUGUACCGCGCUAGGAGGUUCCUUGCCGUUUUAGCUGCCGCACAUCUAGCAUUUCCUAGCAUCUUUGCAGGAACUAGUUGUUUCUAUGCGACUCGGCCACGCAUAGAAGUAGAUGACACCGUGUCACACAGUGCGACCAAAACAAAGAUCCACACACAUACAAGAGGUAGGGCUUGGAAUUGCCAGGGACCUCACGAUAUGAUUCCGAUACUUAGGUGCCAAUACGAUAUUUAUUGCGGUUCUCAUGAUUCUAUAUGUAUUGCGAUUCAAUACUGUGAUUUCUUUUGUGAUUCCAUGUUCCAAACAUAUUACUCACCAUAUGGCUGCUGCAAAGGGACAAUAGAGAGCCAUGAGAAAACAAGUUUUGAUCAGACAUGGAAAUAAAAGUGCUGAAAACAAAUUGGCUCCCUAUUAAAAAGAAGAUGGAGAACAAGCUAUGAAGGAAAAAUACUUGAGUUUUGAUCCUGCUACAGCAAACUAGCGCAAAAAUAAUAUUGCGAUAUUGUCAAUACGAUAUAUCGUUAAAAAUAAAUCCUGCUAUGUAACUGUAUCGAUACAAAACAUGGAUUUAAUAUCUUUCUGAGUUUUCACUGUUGUUUUUAACUGUACUCAGACAUAAGGUAACUGUUUUCCAGAAUCGAGAACGAAGAGAGUAUCGUCAAUACCAGGUUAGUUGAAGAAUCUAUGGUGGCAGUUUGUAUGGGCAAACCUGUAACGUCCAGUAAUGGACACCAAAAAUCUUUGGUUAUAUCACAUUAUCUGGAGUACAAACGGUAGCAACAACAUACCCUCAGCUGAGUAUAACCCUGGCCUCUGUCUGCCAUGUCUUUUACCCUCUAUGUUUAGUUUUAAAAUACAUGUUUAUGGCGGUUUAGGAGGCACAAAAUAUCAAAUUAAAUAAUGUCUUUGCUUCAUUAAUGAUUAACAACAAUCUGUUCCAAAAGGAAAUUCUAGGGCAUAUCAGCCUAAGUAAGAUUUUCAGUAACCAUGCCUAAUCAUUAUGAGGAACAUGUUUUACCAUUGAGCAGGGGUCCAUGGAUUUUGGAGUGUAGGGUGGACUGUUUUAGCCAUAGGUUAACAAUACAGCAUCCUAUUUUUUAAAUGACACCCUUUCACUGAAGUAGCUGCAUUGAUAAUGAGUUUCACACAUUUUAUUAGGGCAAGUAAACAUCACAAACUUUGUCAUUAUUAUAGCUUUGACUGAAGUUGUGUUCCAAAUGGCACCCUAUUUACAUUGUAGUGCACUGCUUUUGACCAGGGCCCAUAAGGCUCUGGUCAAAAGUAGUGCACUAUAUAGGGAAUAGGGUGCCAUUUAGGAUGCACACUGAGAGUCAUUGUUCCUGACACACCUCUUAUUUACAGUCAUGUUCUCACAGUCUGAGGCCAUUGUGAGCUGAGCCUACACAGUACAUAUGGGUGAUUCCUCAUGAAACUAGAACAAAAAAAGACCAUGAUUUUGGGGAUUUUCACAACAUUUAAUCCAUAGAAUGGUCCUUUGGUGGAAGGAUUGUUGACAUAUAUUUGACAUCUGUAUCUUAAAGCAUAAUUGAGAAAUAAUUAAUAAAUAAGUUGGAACAUUUGUGACAUUUAGCCUCACCCAGGCCUCCUUUAAGACUCCAUAAUGUUUCAUCUGUAGGUGGACAGAAUAACGCAGAGACUCAGAUUUUCACCUUAAAAUGUAUGCCAAACAAAAAGCAUUGAUUGCAAAGUUAAGGAAACCAUACAACUCUAUGCACAAGGACUACAGUUUAAACAAUUUCGACUGAACAUUUUACAAAAACACAUUUACUUGAAGAACAGUGCAGAUGUAAAGUUUCAUAACAGAAUGACGAUAAAAUCUCCCUCAGUUUUUUUUUAUGUGACCAACUCUUCAAUCUACUCUGAAUUAACAUAAAAAGAUGUCGGCAGAAAGAAUGGGGUGUCAGCUAUAUUACACACUGAGUUAAAAAAAUAAAUAUCUUGGUUAUUGAACUACAGUAAGUGAAGUGGAUUAACACCUGAUAACAGAAUGACAUAAUGGGUCCCUGAUCUGUACUAUACAGAAUUGCAUAAUUAUGGAUACAGGGUUCUACACUACCUUUUUCCACUGGUGGCACUGGUGCUACUAACUUUUUCAGUUAGUGGCACCAGCACAUGACCUGGCCUGUGUCUCAUAAUGUACCUGCAUUCCAUACAGAACCAGGCUAAUAAUGACUAGCCAUCUUUUAAAUUAGCAUGUCCUUGUGUUCUUACAUACCAAAACGAUACCACUGCAAAAUAAAAAUAAAAACGGGCCAGGAGGACUGCGAUUUCCCCCAGUUAUUUUCAGGUUUUCGCUCUCAAAAUCACACUUUUUAAUGAUAGAACAUCCAAUUUUGUUGUUUGUCUAACUCCACAACAACGCUUAAACAACAUCAGGGGACCAUUUAUGAGGUCUGGGUAAAAUCUGAUUAUUUUAUUUGUUAGUGUAGUUACCCUUUAAUUCAGAUGUGUACCAGCCAAAAUGUUGUUUGGCUAGAGGUGUUUCUGUAGCACACUUGUGAUGGAGUAUUCAAAACAAAUGGCCACUGAUGCAAAUAAUCAUGAUUCUGCCAGGUAGAUUUGCCUUUCCAUCUACCCAAAAACGGUUAGGGUAUCAUAGGCAUCGCUAACGUCUACACAAAGUGGUAGACAUAGGCCCUACAGCAGGGCUCAACAUUCAGGUAAAUUUGCCAGUGGCACACCGGGCCAGUGCCAACUGAACUACUGCCCCGAAUAAAUAAAUAUAAAACUGGCCUGGGUCAAGAUCUGACAGGAAAGCAUAAUUUCAAUAGCGGGUGAUUUUAUCUUUCAUUUGCGGGCUGAGCAAGUAACCUAUACAGGGUUCAUGCAGACAUUUGCAAGUCAAAUUCAAGGACUUUUUCAAGCACUUAAUUAUAAUUUUCAAGGACUUACAUUUUACAUUGAAUUGUUGUAAUAGCCUAUAGAAAGAAAACUGCCCCAAAAAUGUAUGCCAAAAAAGUAUGCAUUACCACUAAGAAUAAUUAUAUUUUUUUAUAGGCCUACCCAAUCACAUUAUGCAUUGACAUCCUACAAUAUGUCAGAAUAAUGUGAGCAUUGCCUGACUAAAUAGACAGAAUGCUUCCGACUCAAGCACACUAAUGAAGUCUGUUCAUGUGGUAGAUUGUCAGUCUCGCCAUUUGAGAUGUUGAAGGGUUAUUGGGGGGUUACUGUACCAUGUUUUAAAACGAAAAAGCAACCAAAAACUGGGUUCCCUUUGUAAUGGAACACUUUGUUUUAUGAAAACCAAGUUGAAGCCAACAUUCGAUGUUGUCUUGCUCAUAAUAACCGCACAUAGUUUUACUGCAACAAGCGCAACAGACUAGCGCAACACCCUUCAUUUGAAACGGCAGGAAACAAACGAAAGCACGCCUACCUUAUAAUAAUAAUAAUAAUUAUUAUUAUUAUUAUUAUUAAACCUUUUAUUUUGACUGGAAAGUCAUACUGAGACUAGGGUCUCUUUUUCAGAUGAGCCCUGCAUAAAUACAUCAAACAUACUGACUGUACAAAACAUUAAGGACACCUUCCUAAUAUUGAGUUGCACCCCAGCCUCAAUUUGUCGGGGCAUUGACUCUACAAGGUGUCGAAAGCAUUCCACAGGGAUGCUGGCCCAUAUUCACUCCAAUGCUUCCCACAGCUGUGUUAAGUUGGCUGGAUGUCCUUUUGGGUGGUGGACCAUUCUUGAUACACAAACUGUUGACCGUGAAAAAGCCGGCAGCAUUCCAGUUCUUGGCACAAACUGGUGUGCCUGACACCUACUACCAUACCCCGUUCAAAGGCACUUAAAUAUUUUGUCUUGUUAAAUCCAUUUCAAUCAGUGUAGAUGAAGGGGAGGAGACAGGUUAAAGAAGGAUUUUUAAGCCUUGACACAAUUGAGACAUGGCUUGUGUAUGUGUGCCAUUCAGAGGGUGACUCUUGCCGUUUCAAAAAUACCUAUCCAGGCAUUGAAGAUGAAGUCGUUUUUUUGGUUAUCUGGACUUUACUUUACUAUUUAUAUUUUUGACAACUUUUACUUUUACUUCACUACCUUCCUAAAUAAAAUUAUGUACUUUUUACUCCAUACAUUUUCCCUGACACCCAAAAGUACUUGUUACAUUUUGAAUGCUUAGCAGGACAUGAGAAUUGUCUAAUUCACACACUUAUCAAGAGAACAUCCCUGGUCAUCCCUACUGCCUCUGAUCUGGCGGACUCACUAAACACAUGCUUCAUUUAUAAAUGAUGUCUGAGUGUUGGAGCGUGCCCCUGGCUAUCAGUAAAUUAAAAAAACAAAGACAAUGGUGCCAUAUGGUUUGCUUAAUAUAAAGAGUUUGAAAUUAUUUAUACUUUUACUUCUACUUUUGAUACUUAAUUAUAUUUUAGCAAUUACAUUUACUUUUGAUACUUAAGUAUAUUUAAAACCAAAUACUUUUAGACUUUUACUCAAGUAGGAAUGUACUGGGCGACUUUCACUUUUACUUGAGUCCUUUUCUAUUAAGGUGUCUUUACCUUUACUCAAGUAUGACACAUGGGCACUUUUUUCCACCACUGUCUAAAAUAGACAUAAGUGGCCUGGACAAAAAUAUUACCGCUUGCUCUGUAAUAUGAGUAGUAUUUUGAUUUCAAUAACAAUUUUCUUACAUUUAAUUUAUGAAUAUUGAAAAAUAUAAACAUUAAAAUAUUUUUUUAUUUGGUUACUUUUCAAUAUAUUGUUUAACAUGUAUAGUUUUAAAGUUUUGGCCCAUUUUAUACAGAGAAAUUGGCAUAGUAGGCAAUGUAACCAAUCACAGCCCUCUGUUUACUUGUAUCAUUGCACAUCCUGUAAAUCACCAGCAGAGGGCGAACAUUUUGAAUCCAUUUUCACAUUCACUCUGUUGGUAGCCUCGGCUUCCAGGCCUGCAUUCAGUAUGAAAAAACGUAGUGGAACGUUCAAUUAAACGGAAACGGCACUGUACUGAAAGACCAGUUGGAAAAAUGGAGAGGGGUUGGGUUGUGGGUCUAAAUGCACCGCUGCCCUUUAAAUACGUCACUCAUUGCUUCAAGGCACACCCACAGAACUGAGCAAACGUACCUUUGUCUGUUCAAGAGCGUACAAUAACGUUUUGGGGUAACGUGUUCAGUAUAAACCAUUCCGCAAACGUUCAAGCGAACUGAAUGCACCCCAUGUCUCGCUCACAUUGUUCUCGAGAGCCUGGGAAAGUUCAUAUUGGGAAAAGUAGGUAUGAGUGGAGCGCUGAUUGCCAGUUGCUAAAUGUUUUCUUAAACAACCACCCCUUCCAUCCCUUCUCAGAAGCGCAAAUUAUCCAGAGUAAGCUAAUUUACAGUGCUAGCAUUGCUAGCAUGCUAUAUUUUAGAAAAUUGAUAUUUAGGAUUUAAAAAAAUAUUAUAAUAAUUUUGUUGAAAUGACUACUCCACAUGGGCACCAGUGAAAAUUAUUGGCUUUUGGUUUCGUAUCUCUGCCUCUGUUUGAACAUGCCCAUUCCAAUUUUUGGGAGGCGCAAAUGGCUUAGACACACCAAGGAUGGUGGAUACAUUUAAGAUGAUUGACUCAAGCCGUUUACCAUUGGUCGCGUUCCCCUGCUCAGAUGUUGCAUGCAUCAACCAAUGGUUGCGUGCCUACGUCAUCGACUGUGUCAUGCAACGUCUUGAUGCAUGCAACGUCUGAGUAUAGCGGGGGAACGCGACCAAUAUCUGGCAUGCUCACGUGAGAGAGGGAACAGCUGGCUCUGUCCUACUUAUUGGUCUCGUUCCCCUGCUCAGAUGUUGUGUCAUCGACUGACAGAUUGCUAUAACAUAUGAUGUGGUUAGCUGAUACGUAAAAUACCUAUCCAGGCACUCUUUCUAUCUCUGCCUCUCUCUCUCGCUCUCAAUGUCCCCUCUCCCGGCUCUUACUGGCACCUACCCAUGAGCCCCCUCUCUUUGCAUUUACUGUAACCAGCAUCCUCAACCACUGAGCACCGAACAUCCAUGGAUGUUGAAAAGUAGUUGACAUUUGGUCAGUCCCUUCCUGGCCUUGAUGUUAACAUCCACAGAUGGACCGGACUGGACCAAAUCUGAACCUAUCAUAGACGUAUAUUUCACAAGUUAAUGUGGAAUUGCCCAGAACCUCCAUUCAUAUUUUCCUAUGAAGGAACAUGUAGCGUAGUGUUCUGUAAGGAUGUGUAUUUGUGCAAUAACCGGUGCAGCCUCGAGUCCAGACAUGCAAAUAGGUUCUAGCCUGCUCCCAACGUUCAGUGAAACUUAACUGCUAUGUCACUGUUUUAUAAUCUUUUUGUCUCAUAAUAUAUUUUUGUUACCUUCAGCUCAAAACUCUUAGCCUGUUCAUUGACUCAAACAACAUUUUUACUCCUCAAUACAAUGACAUAGUAGUGAACUAGCCUUUUCAGUUUGGACUCUUUGCAAAAUAUUAAAAAUAACCAUUUCUUUGUUAUUUUCACCAGAAUGUCUGCGCAUGACCGUCCGCCCUGACAAAGAUGCUACGGUGACUGUGUCAUCCUCACUGUUCCUUCCAUUGGAACAGUGUUCCGUGUGCACGGUCAGUGGCGCUGAGAAUGACACCCAGACGGCCUGUCACUCAUCUCUUACCCUGGUCCCCGAUGAGGACGUCACCUUGCUCUUCAACUGCACUGAACCACCACAAAGUGCUUUCGUCAUCCUGAUCCACAGGAAAAUUGGUGAUUCUAGAGAAACUUUGUAGUGUUGGGUUUCCUUUUAGACUGCCAGCUCAAUUCGAUCAAACCAGUAUUGCCGUAUUUACACAGUCAAAAAUACGUUCAGAAUUUGGCAUGCUGGGGUGGUAGUUGUGUCAACAAAGAUACUGCAUAAAAACAGCUAAGGCCACCUUUCAGAUCUGGCCCUAAGGGUGAACCGUUAAGCAGGUUUUGUUUAGGUUUCUUCUCGUCUUACCUGUUAUGUGAUUUUUAUUUUACCCAGAAUGCACCAAUGACACCUGCAGCCCUGCCGCAGGUGCAGCUCAGCCUUCCCUCUUCUCAGAGUUCAUUAGAACCCUCGUCUGGGGCCUAAGUGUGCCGGAGAAGACCGUUUUGAGUUUGGACUUCCCUGGUGACAGGCUGAAGGAGAUGACUGAAUCAGAGUUGUGUCAAGAUGGCUACCAGUACACUGUAACCAGGACCAGCACUGAAGGAGAGGUCAAAACUCAGACAUACUGCAGGAAUGGCCUCGUGGCUCACCUACAUAUACCGAGCCAAGCCACGGUGUCUUUGCAAGUUCAAAAAGGCAGAGAGGUGGAUUCCUCUGUAUUCACGGCCACUGCCAAACCAAUAAAGAAACGUAAGCCCUUUAAACUCUUCUGUUCAUGGCUCAAACUAAUGUGAGCAGUGUAUGUACAGUGAAUUAUAUUUUGUUGAAAUCAGAACUAUAAAUUAGAGUGCUUACGUUUCUAAUUGUCUUCAGAGAGCCGGAUGAUCUCCGUGACCCCAGAGCCAGACACUAUCGUCACCAUCAGCAGAGACACCAAGGCCAAAGAGUGCAGUGUGUGUGUUGGGGAGGGGCCUACCUGCAACCCCAAAGAACUUGUCCUGAGAACCGCCCGCAACACCUCUGUGAAGUUCACUUGCCCACAGCCACAAGAUGUCUUCAGUGUGCAGAUCAACAGGGAGAUUGGUAAGACGCCUCAGACCCAUUUUCCUGGCCUCAACAGGGCCCUGACCUGACCUGUUUUCUAGUGGCAUUUGAGCUUGCCUGGCGCAAUGGACCCAAUGACAGAGUCUCGAAAGUGCAAAAGCUGCUUAUUAGUUAGCUUCACUAAUACAAUGUUUUUCCUCCUCCAGAUUGCACAGAGAUCGCCUGCACCGGGAACAUCGUCCAGGCGGAGUCCUCCCUAUUCCCAGACUUCAACAGAUCCUUCACCUGGGACCUGAAGGUUCCACCUGGCCUGGCCUUCCAGCUGGACUUCCCAUCGCCAGGAAUGAGACAGAUCCCACCCUCUGAAACCUGUCCUGACGAGCAUACCUACACCAUCAUCACAUACCAGCGCACCGGGCCCACCACCAUCGGCAUUUUUUGCCCAGAUGGCACCAUCACCACGGUCCAAGUGUUGUACAAGGGCCGGGUGUCCCUGCAGGUCCCUGGGGACAGGAAGCUGGAGCCACUGGACUUCAAGGUCACCGUCGGACCGGAGAUUAAAAGUGAGUGUCUGGCAGCUGUUGGAGGAGCCAUAAAAAAUGAAUGCCUGUUGAGGUCACUGAGUUCGUCUCUAUUAGCUUAUAUGUAUUCAGUAGCUCUCCCUUGACAUAAUUACUCAUGUCAUUAUACCUAAUUUAACCCCUUUCCUUCCAGUGCUGGCUGUGGUAAAAGCCAACCUACCUCGAGGGGUGUCAGAUACAGACUUCUUCUCAGCCAACUACCCUAGAGGUUUCCCUGAUGACGACCUGAUGAGGUGGGACUUCACAGUGCCCGGCAUGCAUAACUACACGGUUAACUUCCUGAAUCACACAGAGUCUUUUUGCCGGAAGAAGGAAGUGAUGGUGAUGUACCACAAGGCGCACGGAAAGGUGGGCAUUCAGAAGACCCUGGUGGACACCCAGCCAACACACAGGCAGGGCAGCUUCACCAUGACCCUGUUUAACUGUGAGACAGAUAGGACCAAACCGGGCCUGUCCCUCAACUUUAGGGUCUCUGUGAUGAGGAGCGGCCAUCCAGGUACAAAGACUAUUGGCAAUCAUAAAUUGUUAUAUGACAUGAUUUGUGUUGUAUUAAUCACAAGUAAGAUCCAAAGAUGCUUCUUUAUUCUUUGCAUGCAAUCUGUUAAACCAACCUUAGACUUUUCCAAACCAAUAUAAUACUAAUAUUUCCAUUAUAAACUUUGAAGAAACUAAAAUUUGCCUGAUCAUUCAUGCAAUCAAAUGAAUUGAGUGGUGAUCGGUUACCUACUUCUCAGAAGAUGAUGGUGCCUGUCUGUCUUGUAUUCCCUGAUCAGUUGUCUGCACUGUAAAUCCAUCAGAGGAGGAAGGGCCAGUCCUCCACAUUGAGAAGAGGGGAUCUGACCCCUACUGUGAGAUGAGGAAGAACUCUGUGAUCCAGGAGAAGAUCACAGUUCCCUCAGGGACCAAAGCCAGACUUUCUUUCCUGGACUGUCCAAGUGAAGACCUGCGUCUGACAGCCAGAAAAACCAUAGGUACUGUAACAAUGCAUACAGUAGCCUUGCAUGUAUUGCCUCCGAAACAUAGAAACUACUAUGACAGUAUCUAUGCCAUUCUAACUUAAGCUUCUUGUUAGAGUAUAUUUGUGACAAAGCUAGAACAAAUGGUGUUUGUGCAUUAUCCAAAUCUAAAGAUGUGAUGGACUAAGAAUAUUAAUGUAUGUAAACCCAUUAUAAUAUGUCAAGCCUCUGUGGAUCUAUUCCAGGAUGCCAGAGUUUAGACUCGUGCUCCGUGAGUGGGACUCUCCUCACGGUCCCUAAAAUGCCGACGUGCCUCCCUACGCUACUCCAAAGCUUCACCUGGCACCUCAUUAUCCCAGUAUAUGGCACCGUGGAUUUACUGUCCCCCACAGGAAACCUCAGGCAGUCCCUGCCAGGACAGGAGUGCAAUGGCAGUGUCUCCCUUCACGUAGCAGAGGGUGAUGGGUCCUCCAUUGGCUACUUCUGCUCCGAAGGCAGCAUUCGCAAAGUCCAAGUGCACUCCAACGUCUCUGUCACUGCCACAGCCAAGGACCUUAGCCUGAUUCAAGGGCCUUUCCUCAAUGUGUCCUUCAGUGAAAAAAUCUCAGGUAUGCUAACUGGCUUUGCAUGUUUUAAAUCUUUUAAAGUAACUGUCCAGUGAAAAUCUCACUUUUAAAAGUUCUGUUAAGUCAUACCCAAAUAAUAUUGUUGACUCGUCCUGUACCUCUAUUGGUGGCCAAAGCAUAAAUUCACUUCAAAAACUUGUAUCAAACUUGUAUCUCAAACAGACAGUUGUAAAAAUGCUUUCUAUUUCCUCAUAAAGUAUGAUGUCAUAUGCCUGAGGAGGAUGAGCUGACCAAUCAGCGGUCUAUUUCGAAUGAAUAUUUUUUAUGACAGGUAUACGCCCACACUAUUCUGUUUUUGGGUACGCCCCCACCAUUCCAACACAGAAAAGCUGCUUUUUAACAUACUUAAUGAAACAAAAUUGUACGGAAAACUAUAACUAAUGUUGUAGUUAAUUAUAGGUCAUAUUUCAUAGCAGUCUGGAAACACUGGACAGUUACUUUAAUACUCUCUUCACUUACCUUUUUAUGAUUUAUUGUGAAACAUCCACAAGAGGGCAUUGACAUACAGCAAUGGCAAGGGGAUUUGUUUUAAAAAUGGAUUCAAUGGAAAAUUGCAUUCUCACUCUCUUUCAACCUCUCUGUUCAAACUGUAUUUAAAAUUAUUGUUCCUCAUCACUUACUUUGUCUCUCAGACAGCAUCAUAUAUACAGUCCAGCCCAGAAUGGGUUCCCCUGCCCUCCUGGCCACCCCAAACUGGCCCAGCGGCAUGAAGCCGUACUCCACCGUGUCCUGGAUCAUCAAUCUGCCGGGCCACCUCCAGGCCGACCUGCUGUUGACCAACAUCAGCCAGCCCAAGUGUGGCCAGGGGCACACCUUCAUCAAGGUGCAGACCCUGGGCUCUCCAGAGGAGAUAUUGAGUCGCAGGGAGGAUAAGGAGUCAGAGGACAAGCUGAUGGUCCCUGAGAGCUUCUAUCUCAACAUGUCCAACUGUAUGCCGGAGGACGGACACUUCAGUGUGCUCAGCAAGGUCACCCUGCAGAAGACUAGCAGUAAGGACCUGUUUGUAAUGUUGUUAUAGAGUUGACUGAAUAUGUUUGUGCUAAGAUAUCUGCAUAAUUCUCUCUCAAGACCUUUUUGGUUAUUUCAAUAACUCUUAAGAGAUCUUAAAUUUGAGGGGAAAAGAAAACAAGAAUCGUUUUUUUGUAACUGGAUGUCUAUAACUUAAAUGACAUCAAUACACUUAGUGCACUUAUUAGGGAUACAUAAUCAUCAACAGUAUUUAGGGAUGCUGCCAGCGAAGCUUGACUCAACUCAGAAUAUAUGUUCAUCCCUCUACUAAGUGUGAAAAAAGCUCAGCGAUAUGUCGAGAUGGAAGAGAAAAUCACAACUUUCGAUAAAAUGUAUAUUGCGCUCUCAAUCAAACCCUAAUAACUCAACUUCUCUUCGUGCCAAAGCAGGUGUUGAUAUUAUAUAUAUCAAAUAAAUAAAUAAAACAAAAUUUAAGUGAAACUGCAUGCAAUUCAUUCUUAGCAUUUAUUACUGUCUAGUACAUUUGAGAAAAGCGAAGCAAUACGUCAAAGAUGAGAUAAUAAUUUAUGUCCUAAAAAUGAUUUACGUCCUCAAUUAAACCCUAAGAAAUCCACCUCUCUUCGCUCUAUCAACUUGAAAAUUGUAUAUAAAGUGUUUUUGAAUUGUUACAUUGUUACAAGGGAGGGUGUAUAAUGCUUCUAUGCAACUGACUUUCAGCCUGCUCAUAAGCCAGCACCUUGUUUCAUUGCUACUUGCAGCUAUACUGCUAAAAAUAAAUAAAGGGAACACUUAAACAACACAAUGUAACUCCAAGUCAAUCACACUUCUGUGAAAUCAAACUGUCCACUUAGGAAGCAACACUGAUUGACAAUACAUUUCACAUGCUGUUGUGCAAAUGGAAUAGACAACAGGUGGAAAUUAUAGGCAAUUAGCAAGACACCCCCCCCAAUAAAGGACUGGUUUUGCAGGUGGUGACCACAGACCACUUCUCAGUUCCUAUGCUUCCUGGCUGAUGUUUUGGUCACUUUUGAAUGCUGGCAGUGCUUUCACUCUAGUGGUAGCAUGAGACGGAGUCUACAACCCACACAAGUGGCUCAGGUAGUGCAGCUCAUCCAGGAUGGCACAUCAAUGCGAGCUGUGGCAAGAAGGUUUGCUGUGUCUGUCAGCGUAGUGUCCAGAGCAUGGAGGCGCUACCAGGAGACAGGCCAGUACAUCAGGAGACGUGGAGGAGGCCGUAGGAGGGCAACAACCCAGCAGCAGGACUGCUACCUCCGCCUUUGUGCAAGGAGGAGCAGGAGGAGCACUGCCAGAGCCCUGAAAAAUGACCUCCAGCAGGCCACAAAUGUGCAUGUGUCUGCUCAAAUGGUCAGAAACAGACUCCAUGAGGGUGGUAUGAGGGCCCGACGUCCACAGGUGGGGGUUGUGCUUACAGCCCAACACCAUGCAGGACGUUUGGCAUUUGCCAAAGAACACCAAGAUUGGCAAAUUCGCCACUGGCGCCCUGUGCUCUUCACAGAUGAAAGCAGGUUCACACUGAGCACAUGUGACAGAGUCUGGAGACGCCGUGGAGAAUGUUCUGCUGCCUGCAACAUCCUCCAGCAUGACCGGUUUGGCAGUGGGUCAGUCAUGGUGUGGGGUGGCAUUUCUUUGGGGGGCCGCACAGCCCUCCAUGUGCUCGCCAGAGGUAGCCUGACUGCCAUUAGGUACCGAGAUGAAAUCCUCAGACCCCUUGUGAGACCAUAUGCUGGUGCGGUUGGCCCUGGGUUCCUCCUAAUGCAAGACAAUGCUAGACCUCAUGUGGCUGGAGUGUGUCAGCAGUUCCUGCAAGAGGAAGGCGUUGAUGCUAUGGACUGGCCCGCCCGUUCCCCAGACCUGAAUCCAAUUGAGCACAUCUGGGACAUCAUGUCUCGCUCCAUCCACCAACGCCACGUUGCACCACAGACUGUCCAGGAGUUGGCGGAUGCUUUAGUCCAGGUCUGGGAGGAGAUCCCUCAGGAGACCAUCCGCCACCUCAUCAGGAGAAUGCCUAGGCGUUGUAGGGAGGUCAUACAGGCACGCGGAGGCCACCCACACUACUGAGCCUCAUUUUGACUUGUUUUAAGGACAUUACAUCAAAGUUGGAUCAGCCUGUAGUGUGGUUUUCCACUUUAAUUUUGAGGGUGACUCCAAAUCCAGACCUCCAUGGGUUGAUAAAUUUGAUUUCCAUUGAUAAUUUUUGUGUGAUUUUGUUGUCAGCACAUUCAACUAUGUAAAGAAAAAAGUAUUUAAUAAGAUUAUUUCAUUCAUUCAGAUCUAGGAUGUGUUAUUUUAGUGUUCCCUUUAUUUUUUUGAGCAGUGUAAUAUGUCUCAUUCUUACCCAUUCUAAUCACAAUUCUCUCCUGCUCGUGUGUGUCUCUGUAGAGCUGCUCAUGAGCGGCAUCCUGGGGGCUGUGGGAGCAGUGCUGCUCCUUAUGAUCAUUGUGCUGACAGUCGUCUGCUUGGUGCUAAGGUGAACACCUGCCUCACCAAAACAAUAUAUAUAGCUUUGAUGUUGAGGUCAUUGUAUGACUUGGCUGUCCCCCCCCCUGUAGUUUGAUGUCUGCUUGACUCAAAACCAUUUGUAUUCCUCUUUCGUGCUUUACAGGAAGAAGAAAAGAAAGAUGGUCAAUGAGGCUUCCAUCUACAUAGGGAAAGGGAAUAUUUUCAUCCCAGGCGACAGUGUGUUCCCCAAAUCCCGGUCGGACAACGAGUCUCACGUCUACGCCUCCAUCGAAGACACCAUGGUGUACAGCCACCUGCUGCGCGAGCCCAGCUAUGUGGGCACCAUCCAGGACCACUUCCAAGGACAGCCGGUCGACACCUACAGGACAUUCAUGGCACUCCAGGACGGAGUGCCAGAGAUCACAGAGACUGCUGCAGACCAUGAGCCUGAACUGGUGCCUGAGAAGGACAUGUACAGAUCUUUCCUGGACCCGUCGGAAACCUUCAUCCCAUCGAGACCUCGCACGCCCAUUGACCGCCAGGACAGCAUGGGCUUCAUGGACCGCAGGAUGGUGGACAAUGAGCUGUACACGUUCAAGAGCACUGGGGAUAUAAAUACGAUUAGACUGUCGGGUGCCAACCAAAUCCUAGAUCCAGAGACCAUCGACUCGGAGGGGGAGGAAUCCAUUUAGCCUGAGGCGGUACUGUGAGAUGGACUACUGUUACUCAUUUCAUAUAGCUCCAAGUGUUUCAGGUUCACUGCAGUGUAGAAAUGGGGCGGAAAUGUGCCUUUGCAUAACAUUCAGGGAGUCUGUAUUAGUGGUGUUGUGCCUACUGCACAAGACCAUCAGACAAAUUACUAUUACUACCUUUCAUUGGAGCCUCUGUGUCUACGUUUCCUCCAAGCUCCUAGAAAGUCAUUUCUGAAACAGCACAUGGUGCUGUUCUUUUGUUUUUACAAUACUGAUCUACUUGGUUUUGUGUAUAUUUCUUGAUAGUAUUUUAUAUUUGUUUUAUAUGCUAGUAUGUAUUUAAUAUAUUGAAUGUUGCCCUGGACCACUCGUGUGCUAUGGGGUUAUGAGCAGGGUUGCUUGUUUUGUACCUAAUGAGUAACCUUGGGUUACUUUUAGAAUUUUUAGAAUUGUUUAUGCCUUGUGUCAAAGGUUUUUCUCUGUAAAUCUGUAUUUUUAGACAUUACUGAACUUUUACUCUGCCAAUUUUUUAAAUAAAUUCCUUAGACAUUUUGAGUGGUCUAUGUACAGUGUGAUAUUGUGAAUAAUACUGUAUCUAGGAUAGAUAAGGGAAUCAAUCCAAAACAAUAUUGCUUCAAAAGGCAUCUAAAAAGACUAGCAAAGAAAAUACAAAUUGUUUCCUCCUUGUUGUGAUGGGAAAAGUGACAUUCUUUCAUCCUUUGGCUAAAACCUGUGACCUUUAAGUCCUGGCUUGUAGUUUGUUGUAACCACAGGAACUUCAACCACGGAAGACAGGAUGAUUGUUUGGAA